UUGGCUAGAUGUCCUCUUGCCAUGCAAAGCGCGGCUUCAACGCUAUCUUUGAGUAACGACAAGGACUCUUCUAGUUCAGAGUCUGGAUUUUCGGUUGUUUCAGAGUCAUGAAAUCAUUGAAGUCUUUCUACCGCAACCAGGAAAUGGUUGAUAUCACUUUACUUAUUGGCGGUAGCAAGACAGAAUUCAAAGCUCACAAAGUGGUACUGUGUGCACACAGUGACGUCCUAAAAAAAAUGUUGACGAGUUCAAUGAAGGAAGCUCAAGAGAAUACAAUCGAGUUUCCUGAAGUUGAUGAAACAGCAUUCGGAGCACUUCUUGAGUUUUUCUACACAGAAAACGUUCCAGUCAACAAAUCCUUUAUAUGUGAACUCAUAGAGCUUUGUGAUUAUCUUCAAGUUAUAAAUCUCAAACAACGUUGUUGCAAAUGGCUGCAUGAAAAUCUGGUAGUAGAAGAUGCAUGUGAAUAUCUUAUGUUUUCCUCCAAGCCUUCAGCUGACGAGCAGCUCUAUAAGAAUUGUUUCCAUUGGAUUGAAGAUCACGCCGCUUUAGUUGUUUGCACGGAUGGUUUUGCAAAGCACAUGACGGCAAAAGAAGUAGAAAAAAUUGCUGCUAGUGACCACCUGAAUCUUGAUGAAAUCCAGCUGUUUAAGGGAAUCAAGCGAUGGAUUAAGUAUGAUGAUUCAAGACACGAAGAUGGUGUACACCUUACAAAAUAUCUGCGCUUGCCAAUGAUGAACACAAAAGAUUUGCUGGGUUGUGUGCAAAGUAGUGGUUUUUUCGCACCCGACGCUAUUCUUAAAGCUCUUACAUCCUUGCAGCAACCCUUGGAUUGCAAUCCGUAUGAAAUCAACUCACCUUAUGCUAAGUUACGAGUGCCGUCUGCACGUCUUGCAAGAUCCAUACCUUCAUUUACGUGGCAAUCGAAACGACCAACAUCCUCUAAAGAUGUCUCACCUGCUCGUACCAUCUCUACACAUUCCAACCGUGCUGUUUUAGGAAGAUCAGAAGCACUGCUUACUUCUAAGCCACUGCCGAUUCCAAGUUGUGUACAUGUUCAGCUCACCACCAAAUCAACAGUCAAUCGUAAACUUACAGUUGGACUUUACAUUUUACCUCGGCAGAAUUUACGUUGGCAGAAUCAAACCUCGUUGUUUGGAUUUACGCUACAAGAAAGACAGUCUGUUGCCCCUAGUGAUAGUUCACUACGGUGUGGAGUGCAGCUAAAUGACGCAACUCUCAGUAUGUUUCGUACGUUCAACUCUGUCUCGAUCCCUGUAGGCUGCAUUGUAGCAUUGAAAUUUCACAUCACGUUGAAAGAGGUGUACAUAUACCUAGAUGGCGCUGUAAUAAUGCAAAUACCCUUGAUCAUAGGAUCAUGCUGCUCUUACUUGCCACUGUUAGGAAAAUCUUGUCAGUCAUUGCAGUUCUCUGCUUUGCAAAGACAGCAGUAUGAUAAUAUCCUAGACAAUUAUGGUGACAACAAGGCAGUUUUCAUUGAGGUUGCAAUAGAAGAAAUUAAGGAUACCGCAACUGUUUCAGUGAAAAAAGACAAUGCUACCUGCAGAGACGAUGAUACGGAUGAUGAUCUAAAUAGUGUAGUCACGAGGACAUGUCUUCCUGGUGUAAAUACGGCCUGCAAUCGAGCAGAUGACUCAAGUGAGUUCGACAAGUUUGAGAGAGUUUCUCAUCCCUCUCCAAUUAUGCAAUCGUUGAAGUCGUUUUACGACAACCAAAAAAUGGUUGAUAUCACUAUACUUGUUGGUGCUAACAAGACGAAAUUCAAAGCCCACAAGCUAGUGUUGAGCGCACAAAGUGAUGUCCUAGAGAAAAUGUUGACUAGUCCAAUGAAGGAAGCUCAAGAGAAUACAAUCGGGUUGCCAAAAGUUGAUGAAACAGCAUUCAGAGCACUUGUUGAGUUUUUCUACACAGGAAACGUUCCAGUCGACAAAUCCUUGAUAUGUCAACUCAUAGAGCUUUGUGAUCAUCUCCAUGUUCUAGAUCUCAAACAACGUUGUUGCACAUGGUUGCAUGAAAAUCUGGUAGCUGAAGAUGCAUGUGAAUAUCUUAUGUUUUCCAAGAAGCUGUCAGCCGAUGAACAGCUCUAUAAGAAUUGUUUUCAAUGGAUCGAAGAUCACGCUGCUGAAAUUCUUUGCACAGAGAGUUUUUCAAUGCACAUGACGGCAGAAGAAGUAGAAAAGAUAGCCGCUAGUGACGACCUGAAUCUCGAUGAAAUCCAGCUGUUUGAAGGAAUCGAGCAAUGGAUUGAGUAUGAUGACUCAAGACACGAGGACGGUAAAGAGAUAGCAAAACUUCUGCGCUUACCAAUGAUAAACGUCAGUGAUUUGUUGGGUUGUGUGAAGAGCAGCAGCUUUGUCGAGUCCAAUGCUAUUCUUGAGGCUUUGAUGUUGUUGCAGCAACCCACGGUAUACAAUCCGCAUGAAAUCGACUCAUCCAAUUUUGCCGACUUGCGUAUGCCAUCUGACCGUCUUCCAACUUCUAUCAUGUGGAAUCCGUACCAACCAAAACUCUUUACCCCAGGACAGGCUGCAUACUCGAACCCUGCUGUUAUAAAAAGUUCAGGAAGAUUAUGUACAAGCAAACCACUGUCAAUUCCAAGUUGUGUACGCGUUCAGCUUACCACCAAGUCAACAAUCAAUCGCAACGUUACAGUUGGACUUUCAAUUUCUUGUCCUCAUCAAGAUUCACGACAGCCAAAGCUAUUCAUUGGACCAAGUCCCACACAUCACAAAUAUGGUUUAGAAUGUGGAGUGCAGCUAACCGGGGCCACCCUCAGCCCGUUUCCUUUGCAAGGCACUGUGUUGAUUCCAGCAGGAUGCAUUGUGGCACUAAAAUUUCAUGUCAAGUUCGAACAGGUUUGUAUACAUCUAAAUGGUACUUUAAUAGCGAAAAUACCCUUGACUACGCCAUCAUGCUGCUCUCACUUGCCACAAAUGAGAACAAAUGUCAUUUUGUCACAAUCUGGUCAAGUACAGCUAAAGACACAAAAUCCAAAUGACAGCAAGAAAGUUUUCGUCGAAGUUGUAAUAAAAGAAGUUAAAGAUACCGCAGCUAUCUCAGUGAAACGAGAACGCCAUACGUGCUGCGGCAAUUAUUGAUAUACCCUCAUGAUCUAGCAGUAUACACAUGUACUUUCUGGAAUUAUGGGUAUAGCACGUACGGUCUAGAUACUAUAGUAUUUGAAAAUACUUGAGAUUGAACAGCUUGUCACGAUCACGUGAUCUCAUUUACAAUACUCAGUUUUACGUGUUAUAAUUGGCGAUCUAUAUAGCAUCUCCGUGUAGCUGAGUGCAUGCGCAAUCCCACAAACUGCGUGUACUGUACGCAUUUCUUU